AUCAUAUCUCAUUACCUUUCCAUAAUAGAAACCACAAUUCAAGCAAGGAUUCCACAAGCACAGACUGACAUCAUCUUAACUCUGCACGUCGGCGGGGUUCCGUUGGCGAAGUUGGCAAACCCAGACUUGAAUGCAUGGAUUUUACAAGGGAUGCUGCACACUAGCCCUCGGCCCUGGCCACCAACCAACCAACCACCACUGUUUCUGCUCAGUGUGUAUUUCUGCAACGGCAAACCACGGCCACACGAUUUACUCCGCCCUAUCUGCGAGCAGGUCACGGCGUUACGGAACAAGACAAAUGUGCAUAUCCGAGCGGUGUUAGCCGACGCCGAGGCACACUCCCUUGUGAAAGAGACGGUGGCGCACUCCGCUUGUUAUGGGUGCCCAAAGUGCAUCAUGAAAGGCAUAUGGUGCCCCCCGUUUAAAGAAGUGUCCUUCACCAACGGAGAUACACCACCGGUUAACCACUCCAAAUACCAAUCGCCUCUACGCACGCAUGCAGAAUUUAUGGCAGGAGAUUACAAUGGAACACACAGAGUAGCCGAGGUAACGCAUAUGUUUCCUCUUCAAGAUUUAAACAUAAAUAUGAUCGAUGAUGUCCUGGUUGGGGAUGACCGGCAUCUCCUGCACUUAGGGGCAGUAAUCACUUUUUUCGAAACAUUCACAGAUGGUGGAUAUAACGUGACGAAAAUGGACAAAGAUAACUUCGAUAUCGUGAAACUCAUACUGUGCAAAAUGAACUUUCCGCAUGAACGGGACCACGGGGAGCUCGACAAAAACAUUCCCAUGUGGCCGCCACAUACAUGGGCAUAUAUUAUUGACGUAGCUGGGUUCGUGGCGCUGAAAGCAUCCCUCAACGAAGCUGAUUUUGAAAUCUACUGCUGUUUGCACUGGGGCAUAGCAAUUUGCAAACGAACAUGCAACGAGAGAUAUUUGUCAUAUGCAAGGCGCCUUCUUAAAAGAUUCGUUAAAACAUGGGGCGAAAGAACCGGCUGUGUGCCUUAUUGCAUCCACAGCCUUCUUCACUUAGUGGACGAAGUACGUGCGAAGGGACCGUUGCCGGUGAAUUCUACCGACCAAGCCGAGGGGAAACUUGCCUCCACCACCACGUGAAUACAGUAGACAAAGUAAGGGCGACCCAGCAAAUUGUUGACGCUUUCUUCCUUCGUGAAAAGGCGUUUACUCCACUUCCCUUCACCGGCCCUAUCAUCACAAACAACGGUCAUAGGGUUCUGUUAGAACAAAACUUCUUGCUGAGAAGUGAGAACAUUUCGCGCAAUGAUAAGGAUGCCUGGUUUCUGGUCACGGGUAACCAAGUGAUCAAGUUUGAAAAAGCAGUGAAACGCGGCAUUGAUUGCACGGUCAUCUUAGGCCGACCAUUGAGAACGCCUGCGACUUUGUCGUUCGAACAUCCAUUUGAAGCACCAGAUGGAAUGAAUGCUUUCACGUCCGACAAAGUAGAAGGAACACUAGCAUUAAGCG